GACCCACGUCGGCGCCGAAUUGCACACCAUGGCGAGCUGCACAGGAAGAGGCCGACAUUGAGACCAGCAGGGAUCUUCCCCAGAGAGGAGGCCCUUUGGCACAGCUCCGGAUUCCGGCAUCGGCUUCUUCGGAUGCCACCACCGUUCGAGAGGACCUGGGAGACAUACCAGGCGUGGAAGAGAUUCGGGGUCGACAUGCCGGAGUUGCCUGGACCUGCCCUCCUCAAGGCCCAAGGAUUCCAGCAGGUUAUCACUCUCAGAUGGCGUUGGAGCUUCGAGAGAUGCUUUUCAGGGCAGAUGAG